AUGGAGCACCCCACGACUCAAACAGCGGCUGUGCGGGCGAGGCCAAGUGCUCCGUCAGACGUCUGUUUCCAGAUAUCGCAGAUCGCGUCGUUUCAGAAAGAGCUUAAGUGA